AUGCCCUCGAGCUCUAUUCUGGACAUGCCUACUAUGCCUUCCUUAACUGGAAGCUCACUGGCUACAAGUUCCGUAUCCAUAUACAUUCCAAUUGGAGUUGCUACUGGCUCUUCAAACUAUCCUUCAAACCCCUAUAUCUCUGAAUCCUCCUUACCAAAUGGUUUAGUAUUCAUUGUGGUGGGCUCUAUAGUCGGUGCUAUGCUUGUUGCCUUAUUGACCUACAGAUUAGUCUCAUGGUUCUUUGCUCGGAGAUUGGCUAAAAUAGGUAAGGAAAACGAAUACCAUAACUUUGAUUUUAAAGGUUUCAGUGAUAUAGGAUCCAACCUGUCAUUUUUUGAUGCUUCCAGUUCCAUGAUAGCGAAGCCAAUAAGCAGAAGAGGUUCAAUAAUGAUGUUACAACCUCCUCAGCUUUCAUCUGUUUCAUUACCUGAUAUCCUGACUUCUAGUGGUGGCAGUAGUGAUAACUCAUUCUCUGGAAACGAAAAGAACAACAAUUUGACAGGAAUGGUCACCUCACAAGGACAUACUUAUCGAGAUACUAUUGUUGGAGGUAACACUAGACGAGGUUCUAUGUUCAUUUCGCCUGUUAUGGCUAUGAUGAAUAAAAACAGUGGAGGGGAAAUGACUUCAUAUUAUGAUUACAAUGCCAAUAGCUCUGUUGGUGAACCUGAAUCGCCAAUGCUUAACUUCGAAGUACCUUCUGUUACUAAUUCCAGUACUCACUGGUUAUUAGACGAUUCUAAUAAUUCUGACUCGGUAGUGUCUGCCACCAAGAAAUCAGAUAAUCGACCUCCAAGUCAAUAUCUUGAGGAUCUUCUUGACAACUUUUAG